GUGAGCUAAAACAGCGUUGUUAUACUCGCGUUCUGCGAGCAAUUGCUGAUAAGUGACGCACGAUUAUCAGUUUGACUUGCGCGUCUGUGUCUCAGGUCGAUGUGCCGAUCGAAUUGGAAGAGGCAAAGACCCACAAAGACCCCGACAAAGCCACGGCUAUGACCGACGUCGAUCCACAGUAUUUCACCGAGCUCAGAGGUCGCGUGAUCAAAGAUCGAUCCAGCCUUCGAACGUACAUCGCAGACACCAAGGAAGUCUUCAGAACAAGGCUUCUCGCCGGGCAGGAACGCGACGACUGCAUACGUAUUGAUCAGCAAUUCGACGAGGAGCAAAAACGUCUCGACAAGAUCAAGCGGAAGUACCGUCAGUACGUUGCCGGUUUCGAGGAGUUCCUAUCCAGGGACCACGAGGAGAGUAUGGAGGUACUUCGCAAGGCGGAGGAAACAGCGCGGGUAACUGUCGAGCUGUCGAACCACCUUCGUGACGUCUCCAAGGCCGUAGGUCACAUAAGAUUGCAGGUCUAUGUGCUGGAGGAGGCUUGGCGGAUGGUGAAGACGUGUCAGAGGUUCCUCUACCACGUGGCACCUCACAGUUGGAGGUCACAGCACGACCCGGCCUGCAGUCGAGAGUCUGGUGUGACUGUGACCUCGAAAAAAACCGAGGAGGUCUUCUCCCGACAUGGAGCAGCCGAAGAAGUCGCUUCUCUCGACUCAUUAAUCGAAAUUUUCCAGCAGGAUAUCGCUAACGCCGACGAGCCUACCAUGUAUUUUGAAGACCCGUACGAUCUGAUCAACAUCUUCAGGGCCAUGGAGCUUCAGAAUUUGAACGCUAUGCUUCAUUGCGAAUCACUUGCCGCUCCCCUCGUAGAAAUGGCCGCUUCGGUAGUCAGAACCGACGUCGCGAUAAAAGGGGAAAUAGCCGAGAUCAUCGAAGGUAUACAGGACCUUGAGCUUGCAAUCAUCUGGGAGGAAAGCCGAGCCGAGAGUCUUGAGGACUACGCGAACUACUUGCUCCAAGGAGUUUUCAGGGAACUGGUUUGCUCGGAGACAGUCCUGUACCUCUUCGUCUUCAUCGAAGACACCUACGAACACUGCGUUGCCCAAAACGAUGCCAAUUUGGACUCUUAUUCGAUGAUGCGAUCGAUCGAGAGGGUGCUUGAGGAGCUUAAUUCACAGCUGGACAACCUGCCCGUUGAGGUG